CAUUCUAGUGGUAAAGUUUAGAUCAAUGAAUUAUUUAUAUCGGGUGCCAGUUCACACGACUGAGAAAACAAACGAUACGGUGGUGGUUUUCUCUAUGGUGAAAGUUUAGCUGUUUACCUUAGAUCUAUGCUAUUUACCACUGUUUACAGAUUUCAUAGACCGAUUAACACAAUUUAAAAUCCUAAAAUCCGUUGGCAGUUCGGGGUUGUUAUAUCGUAAUUUUUUAACAAUAUUUCAUGUUUUCCUUUCGAAUUUCGCAGUGAUUUUGCUCAGUUAAUUGAUCUGAUAAUUAUCAUGUACAUUAAAUCAAUUGUAUUGGAUGGAUUUAAGUCUUACGGCCAAAGAACAGAAAUUCACGACUUUGACCAACAAUUUAAUGCUAUAACUGGCUUAAAUGGCACUGGUAAAUCAAAUGUACUUGAUGCAAUAUGUUUUGUACUGGGAAUCUCAAAUUUGAGUCAGGUUAGAGCUUGUUCAUUACAAGAUUUGAUUUACAAAAAUGGUCAAGCAGGUGUUAAUAAAGCAACAGUAUCAAUUACAUUUGAUAACAGAAAUCAAAAUCAAAGCCCGCCAGGCUUUGAAAACUUUAAUGAGAUUACUGUAACAAGACAAGUUGUAAUGGGUGGUAAAAAUAGAUACAUGAUAAAUGGAACAAAUGUUCACAAUAAAAGAGUUCAAGAUCUGUUCUGUUCUGUACAAUUAAACGUUAAUAAUCCACAUUUUCUUAUUAUGCAGGGAAGAAUUACAAAAGUACUAAAUAUGAAGCCCCCAGAGAUACUGUCAAUGGUUGAGGAAGCAGCUGGCACAAGAAUGUACGAAAAUAAGCGUCAAGUUGCAAAAAAAUUACUCGAGAAAAAGGAUGCUAAGUUAUUACAAUUGACUGAAUUAAUGGCUAAGGAAAUCGGCCCAAAGUUAGAAAAACUUAAAGAAGAAAGAAAAGUCUAUUUGGAAUAUCAGCGAAUAGAACGAGAAUUGGAACAUAUGAAUGCACUAUAUCUUGGUUUUCAGUAUUUUGCAACACAAAGGGCUUCUAUUAACUCGCAACAAGCUCUUGAAAAGGAACAAUCUAAACUACAUAAAAUGCAGGAUGAAAUAAAAAAUAAUGUCGCCAUUGUUAAAGAUUUGGAAAAGGAGAUUGAAGAUAUGACAAAACUAUUAAAAGAUAAAGCUGAUUCAAAACUGCAAGAGUUAGAAGUAGAACUAAGAGCAAAAGAGAAGGAGGAGGCCAAAGCAAAUGCUGCAGAAAAAUCAUUGAAAGAUAACAUAACAACUGAAGAAAAAAACAUUAAACAGCUUCAAAAGAAUCUCAAAGAUGAUGAAUCUGCACUCAAUACAAAAGAAAAAGAACUCUCACAAGUACAAUCACUGUUUGAAAAAUUGAAAAAUGAUGAUGUAGAAGACAAUGAGGCAUUUGCAUUGUCUCAGAGAAAAUAUGAAGCAAUUUGUGCAGGAAUGGAAGUAAAUGAAUCAGGUGAAGCAGAGACACUGCAGGAACAACUAAUGAAUGCCAAACAAGAAGCAACUGAAGCUAGUGUUAAAAUUAAGGAGACAAAUAUGCAAUUGAAACACUUUCAAGAAGUGAUUCAAGAAAAAACUAAAACAAGAAUUUCUAAUGUAGCCGAAUAUGAACGUGAUAAAAUUACGUUGGAGAAAAUGCAAAAAGAAGUUCGGUCUUUGGAAAAUUCACUAGAGAAAUUAAAAUUUUCAGAAGAAAAAUUACAAGAAUGCCAGACAUCUCGAAAAAAUUUAAUUCACGAAGUUCGUAGGAUGGGAGAAAAGAUAGAAAGAUUUGAAGCCCAAAAUCCGUAUGCCACCAUUAAUUAUACAGACCCGGAACCAAAUUUCAAUCGGAGUAACGUUAAAGGAGUAGUUUGUCGUUUAAUCAACUUAAAAGAUAAUGCAACAGCUACUGCAAUAGAAACUGCAGCAGGGGGGAAGUUGUAUAAUGUCGUUGUUACCAACGAUGUUACUGGUAAAAAACUAUUACAAAAAGGAAAUUUACAAAACAGAACCACUUUCAUUCCAUUAAAUAAAAUUCAAGGCGGUCAAAUCGAUAAUGCAACUGUUCAAUAUGCCCAAAAAUUGGUUGGAAAAGACAACGUUCAAACCGCUUUAUCACUGGUAACAUAUGAUAAAGAAUUACAACCUGCUAUGGAGUAUGUGUUCGGAAACGUAUUCGUUUGUAAGGACCUCGAUACGGCCAGAAAAAUAACUUUCAACGAUAGAAUACGACGCCGGUGUGUUACAUUGGAGGGAGACGUUACAGAUCCAGGAGGCACGUUGAGUGGUGGAGCACGACAGAAAGGGCCUUCUGUACUAUUACAACUUCAAGGAAUAAAAGAAAUUGAGGCUUCUUUAAAAUGCAAAGAAAACGAACUAAUGAAGAUUGAAAACGAAGUAAAGAAAAUGCUGAUAUUCCAAGAACAGUUUGCAACACUAUCCCAACAACUAGAAUUAAGACAGCAUGAAUUGGGUGUUGUUCAACAAAGGUUUCAGCAAACAGCCCAUCAUCAACAGCAGGUUGAAAUAAACGAAUUACAAAAUAAGAUUGGUGAAAUGAAGGAAACAAUAAAGCAGUACAAAGAAAUAGAAGCAAAAGCCUUACAUAAGGUCAAGGAAAUUGAAAACAAACUUAAAGAUUCCAAAGGACAUAAAGAAAGAGUUCUCAAGGAAGCAGAAAAAGAGAUGAACACUUUAAAAAAGAAAGCGGAUAAUAGUCGAAAAAAUUGGAAACUGAGGGAACAAGAAUAUGAGACACUCAACGUCGAAAUAACAGAAUUAAAGAAAAGUUUGGAAAGUGUUCAGCAACAACUUCAAACGGCUGAAGAGCGUUUAAACCAACUUAAGAGUGACUACGAAGAAGCCCAAAAAAAAUCACGCAGUUUAAAGGAAACUGUUACUAAAUGUCAGCAAGAAUACAAAGCAGAAAAGAGCGCUAUGGUGGAAAGAAAUAAAGAAAUCCAUAAAAAGAAUUCAAAAAAGGAAGCUUUACUUGCCCAAAACACUGAACUUGAAUUGGAAAUAAAAAAAAUGCAACAUGAACUGAAGAAACUAAAAGAUGAAUAUGCAAUGGCUAAAGCAAGGGAAGAAGAUAUUUCAAAGAAGGUAAAAACAAACUGUGGAAAUCUUAAAGAAGCUGAAAGCCUCACAGAUAAAGAAGCAGAUGAAUUGGAAAGGAAAAUAAGAAGCUAUCAAGAUAAAAGGGGCAAGUUAGGGCGCACAGUAAAUGCAAAAGCACAAAGUCUUUUUGAACAUGAAGAAAAACAAUUCAACUUACUUGUAAAGAAGAAAAAUAUUGUGGAAAUUGAUAAAAGAAGAAUUGUUUUGGUAAUGCAAGAUUUAGACAAAAAGAAGAAAGAUGCACUUAUGCUGGCCUGGGAACAAGUGAGCAAGGACUUCGGCUCAAUUUUCGGGACACUUUUGCCUGGUAGCAACGCCAAAUUGCAGCCUCCAAGAGGCCAAUCGGUAUUAGACGGAUUGGAAGUAAAAGUGAGUUUAGGAGGUGUUUGGAAAGAAAGUUUAAGCGAAUUAAGUGGUGGCCAAAGAUCUCUUGUUGCACUUUCAUUAAUUUUAGCUAUGUUACUUUUCAAACCCGCCCCCCUGUACAUUUUAGAUGAAGUAGAUGCCGCGUUGGACCUUUCCCAUACUCAAAAUAUUGGUCACAUGCUCAAGACUCAUUUCAAACAGUCACAGUUUAUUAUUGUUUCAUUAAAAGAUGGAAUGUUCAACAACGCCAACGUACUCUUUAAAACCAAAUUCGUAGAUGGAGUUUCUGCAAUAACAAGAACGGUAAACAGAAACUGAAAAGAUCACUGUCACAUCACAUUUCUGCUUUUAAAUGUUAAGUUAUUACUGUAAUAUAAUUAUUUUAAACUACACUUUACAAAUAUUUUUAUA